GAUAUUUAUUUAUUUAUUUAUUUAUUUUUUUUAUUAAUUGCAGUGAAAUAUUUCAUCACAACAAAAUCUCUGACGUAAUUUUAAUUUUUGUUAGCAGAUCUUCAAUUGAAGAUCGACUCAAUUCAAUUUCCAGAAACUUCAGCUCACCCCUUCCUUCGAGGUUCGAUUUUGACUGAGUUCUUCGCAAUAUUUCGAUCAAUCGAGCUUCGAUUUUGUCAGAAUUUGGGGAUUUUAUGCAAAUUAAUCAACUGUUUUGCGCUAUGUGAUCCGAUUUGAAGCAAUUUCUGCAAAACCUUUCUGCAAAAUUAAAAGUACAGCAUGGCAACUCCAGUAGAACCUCCAAACGGGGUUCGGUCGAUAGGAAAGCAUUACUACUCCAUGUGGCAGACACUCUUCGAGAUCGACACAAAGUACGUUCCGAUCAAGCCCAUCGGCCGCGGGGCCUACGGCAUCGUCUGUUCUUCGAUAAACAGAGAAACGAACGAGAAAGUCGCCAUCAAGAAAAUACACAACGCCUUUGAAAACAGUAUAGACGCAAUGAGAACUCUGCGCGAACUGAAGCUCCUGAGGCAUCUUAGGCAUGAGAAUGUGAUUCGCCUGAAAGACGUGAUGAUGCCUGUGAAUAAACGGAGCUUUAAGGACGUGUACUUGGUUUACGAGCUUAUGGAUACGGAUUUGCAUCAGAUUAUUAAAUCUUCUCAAUCGCUUUCGAAUGACCAUUGCCAGUAUUUCAUCUUCCAGUUACUAAGAGGCCUGAAAUACCUCCACUCGGCAAACAUCCUCCACCGCGACCUAAAACCCGGAAACCUCCUCAUAAACGCAAACUGCGACCUCAAAAUAUGCGAUUUCGGGCUGGCCCGCACAAGCGCAACCAAAACGGGCCAAUUCAUGACGGAGUACGUGGUCACGCGCUGGUACCGGGCCCCGGAGCUCCUCCUCAGCUGUGAUAACUACGGCACCUCCAUCGACAUUUGGUCCGUCGGCUGCAUCUUCGCCGAGCUACUCGGCCGCAAGCCACUUUUUCCGGGCACCGAGUGCCUCAACCAGCUCAAGUUGAUAGUCAACACCCUCGGAAGUCAACGGGAGGAAAAUUUAGGGUUUAUCGAUAACCCUAAGGCGAGGAGGUACAUACAGUCACUCCCUUACUCGCAUGGGGCCCACUUCUCGAGGCUCUAUCCGAACGCAGAUCCAUUGGCGAUUGAUCUUUUGGGGAAGAUGCUCGUUUUCGACCCAACAAAGAGGAUUAGCGUGAGUGAAGCGCUAAGGCACCCGUAUGUGGCGGCGCUGUGCGAUGGGCGGUUCGAUGUGACUGCUGAGGUGGAGGUUGGUGAUCUUGAGAUUGAUGAGGAUUUGGGGGCGGAGAUGAUAAGGGAGAUGAUGUGGAAGGAGAUACUGCAUUACCAUCCGGAAGGUUCUGGAAUCGAGUUCGAGGUCGGCGUUUGAUUUUUGUUUUUUUUUCCGAGAAUAAUGAGAAACAAAUGGAUGAGCAGUUUGGGCAGGUAAUAUGCUUUUCUUCUUGUAAUGUAUUUAUGGGCUAGAACUUGGUUAUGGCAAAAAAGCCUUCUACUGUUUUUUUUGUACAUAUUGUAUGUCUGUUUUGUAUGCCUCAAAACUUUGUCUUUGUAUAUUAGUGAUUAAUAUUAUCAGAUGAGAGUCUAUAGGACAUGUUGAU